GUCGGGCCCUUCCUCGACGGCGUCGUCGGCGGCUGGGCUCAGCGACAGCACGUCGGCCGGCUCGCGCGCGCGCAUCUUCUCGCUCCUCGGCGGGUGCCUCAUGGGCGGCUUCGCGUGCGGGCCCCUGUUCGGCAGCGCCCUCAUCACCUGGACCGGCGGCUGGGUCCUCGCCCCUUUCUACGUCGCCCUCGGCCUCCACUGCGCCUUUGUCGCCGGCCUCGCCUUGGUCCUCCCCGAGUCGCUGUCGCACGAGCGCCAGCUCGCCGCCCGCGAGCGCCACCGCCUCGACAAGGUCGCCCAGCGCGACGCCGACAAGCAGCGCGACGCCGACGACGCGCACGCCGGCCGCCACCACGGCUCGUCGCUCGUGCGCCGCACCUUGCGCUCGGCCCGCCGCCAGGCCGCCAAGCCGUUCGCGUUCCUCAAGCCCAUGGCGCUCCUCCUCCCGCGCACCGUCACCGACGAGGCCGACAAGGAGCUGCGCACCAACAUCGAGUGGGGCGCGAGUCUCGACGAGUACUGGCACCCCAAGGACGUGUGGCGCGGCAAGGCCGGCGAGUCGGCCCCCUCGGCGGCGGCGUCGUCGGGUCGCCGCGACUGGGCCCUGACCAAGAUCGCGACGGCGUACGCCCUCAACAUGGGCAUCAUGGGCGUCAUGACGGUCAAGCUCUUGUACGCCCGCACCGAGUUUGGGUGGGCUCCGACCACGACGGGCUACUUCUUGUCCUACAUGGGCUUCAUGCGCCUCUUGACGCUCCUCGUCGUCCUCCCGCUCGGCAUCAAGCUCCUGCGCCGGCGGCCCAUCCCUUCCCCGUCUCGCCCUCGCCCGACCUCGUCCUCGGACGCCGACGUCGACACGGUCGCCGCCGAGAAGCAGUGGGACGCCGAGGCGCGCUGGCUCAAGAUCGUCGCCGACUCGCACUUUGACCUCGUCCUCGCGCGCCUGUCGCUCGGCAUCGACGCGCUCGGGUUCCUCCUGUUCCUCGUCGCGCCCCUCGUCGGCGCCCCUCGCGCCUCGUCGGCCCACACGGCCGUCUUCCUCGUCGCCGUCCUCGUCCAGUCGCUCGGCUCGGGCGCGUCGCCGGCCAUCCAGUCGCUCGCGUUGGCCCACUCGACCCCGCGCGAUGCCGGCCGCCUCUUUGCGUCGCUCAGCGUCGUCCAGGCCCUCGCGGCCCAGGUCGUGAGCCCCGUCCUGUUCACGGCCGUCUUUAGCCGAACCGUCGGCCGGUUCGACGAGGGCAUCUUUGCCCUCGCCUUCGCCCUCUCGGUCGCGAGCUUUGCCGCAUUGAGCAGCGUCCGGCUCCGGCGCGUGCACGUUGCCGCGCCCGGUGCCCGCACGUCGACCGACGGCGAGCGUGCCGCCGUCGACGAGGCCGCGGUCGGCUCGGCGGCCGCGCCGGCACCAGGACGCGCCGCCGUCGUCGGCGGGCGCAAGACCAAGUCGUCGCUCGUCCCGCAGCGCGGGUUCGAGCCCGAGGAUGACGACGAGCAGGAGGACGUCGCCAAGGGUGGACGCACGCGUGGGAGGGGCAGGGAGCGCCGAGGGAGCUGGAGCGCGCCGGCGUCCGAGCCGUACAGGGACUAGACGGCGCUCGACGAGCUCGGGACGGCGGUGGAGCUCGCGAGCAUGGCGAGGGAUAGAGACGGCGAGUGGAGGUGUACAUAGCGCGGCGUUAGAGAACGCGAGGAGGAGGUCUCGGUCGUUCUUGUGUCUAGUUUUCUGCCCGUGUAGCUCUCCUUCCAGGUUCUCGUCAUUGCUUGCCAUCACAGACGCGAUCUGUUCUCUCUC